GGUGCGAACGCGACCAUUUUGCGGGGGGGAUCGUCGAGCAGCAGCGACCGCGGCGGCGGCGGAGGAGCGGUGACCGGGGGCGGGGGGGGCCGCGGCCCACGCAGAGGAGCGGGUGUCUCCCGCGGCGGGGCGCGGGCCGGCGGCGGCAGCGCCCGAGGGAGAAGAGGCGGCUCCGGGAGGCGCGGCCUGAGGCACUGGGCCCAGGGCUCCCGCUCGCUCCGGGGAGGGGACGGGCGACGCCGAGCCCGCACCAGGCGACCGUUUUUUUUUUUCCUCCUUCCCCUGAGCACUGGGCGACGUCCCCAGGGCCGGGCCCGAACCGCUGGGGAAAAUGUCCAGGCCUGUCAGGAACAGGAAGGUGGUUGAUUACUCUCAGUUUCAGGAAUCAGAUGAUGCUGAUGAAGAUUAUGGAAGAGAUUCAGGUCCCCCCUCCAAGAAAAUCCGCUCCUCUCCCCGGGAGGCUAAAAACAAGAGGCGCUCUGGGAAGAAUUCUCAGGAGGACAGUGAGGAUUCAGAAGACAAAGAUGUGAAGACUAAGAAAGAUGAUUCACACUCAGCAGAUGAAGAUUUUGGCAGUGAAGAUGAUGACCUAGGAGCAGAUGAUGGCAAAGCUGACAGUGACUAUGAAAGCUCUCAAAAAAGCAAAAAAGGCAAAAAGGCUAAACCAGAAAAGAACAAGAGAGCAGCUUCCAAGUCCAGGAAAAGGCCUGCAGAGGACAGUGAGGAUGAGAAGGAGGACCACAAAAACGUGCGCCAGCAACGGCAGGCAGCGUCCAAAGCAGCCUCCAAGCAGCGAGAGAUGCUCAUGGAUGAUGUGGGUAGUGAAGAGGAAGAACAGGAGGAUGAUGAGGCACAGUUCCAGGAGAAUUCAGGAAGUGAUGAAGACUUCCUCAUGGAAGAUGAUGAUGACAGUGACUAUGGCAGUUCAAAAAAGAAGAACAAAAAAGUCUCCAAGAAAUCCAAGCCAGAGAGGAAAGAAAAGAAAAUGCCCAAGCCCAGGCUAAAGGCUACAGUGACCCCCAGCCCAGUGAAAGGCAAAGGGAAGGCAGGUCGCCCCACAGCUUCCAAGGCAACAAAAGAGAAAACCCCAUCCCCCAAAGAAGAGGAUGAAGAGCCUGAAAGUCCCCCAGAGAAGAAAAAAUCAGCCAGCCCUCCUCCAGAGAAGUCAGGAGAUGAGGGAUCUGAAGACGAAGCCCCCUCUGGUGAAGAUUAAAGGGCAGUUGAAGUCGGG